AUGGCGGUUCCUGUCGCGCCCGCGUUGUCGGCGCGUCUUCCGCAGUUCCUCGACUUGAAGCUUCCACCAACCAGCGAGUCGACCCAACGACUGCUGCAGAGAUGCGUUGGCCAUGCAUAUAACGCACAUCACGAUGAAACGUUUACGAAUCCGCUGAAAAUACCCACUCUACUAUCUCUCGAUCUCCAAGAAGUUCCCCCGAGUUACAGCGACUGCCUAUACGAUUGCCCACCUGAUUAUACGACAAGCGAUGCCCUCGCGACCCUGAAUAUCGAGCCACCGUCUUAUGCGCCUCCACCGACUACUUCUACUGGUACUCCUCAAAAACUCGAGGAGCCACUUCGCCCAUCGCGACCGAAAGUUGACUUUGGAUACCGUGAGAACUUGCGCGAGCACAAGAAGAAGAAAAAGGGCGCUGCUGCGGCAAAGAACAAAUGGGACAGCGACAACGAAGAGGAAAAGAAGCCCGAGGGCGACAGCAAUGGUGAUCAGCCGGGCGAUGCUGGCGGUAGUGGAGGAGCAGAUGGUGCUGGAGGUGAUGGUGGAGAAGGAGGAGGCAAUGAUGAUGACGACUGGGACGACGGGAAAAAGAAGGGCAAGAAGGACAAGAAGAAGAGUGCUUUCAGCUGGGAUGCCCUAGACAAUGAGGACAACAAGGACGAGGAAGAGAAGACAGAGGAUGUUCCUCUUGUCGAAGAAGCUCCCGCGGAAGAAGACGACUGGGCAGGCUUCACAACCGCGUCCAGCAAGAAGAAGAAAAAGAAGGGCAAGAAUGCCGACCCCGAUCCUCCACCCGAUGAUCCGCCUCCCGACGAUGGACCACCAAAAGUCGACGUGGAUUUCGGCGGCAGCAACAGCUUCAGUUUCGGCAGCAAUGGAGCUUGGGGCACCAAGCCGGCCGAGGAUGACGGUUGGGCUACUUUCGGCAAGAAGGACAAGAAGAAGACGAAGAACGCCUUCGACUUUGGCUUCGGAGAUGCCGAUGGAGGUGAUAUGCCUGGAGAGUCUGCACCUGCACCUGCCGAGGAAGAUCCAAAAGAGGACAACAAUCCUUGGGCAGCCUUCGGUACGGGGAAGAAGAAAAAGAAGGGAGGAGCUAUCGAGGAACCCCCCGAGUCAGAACCCGAACCUGAAGUUGUAGUCGAUGUUCAAAGUCCGGAAGAGCCUGUUGAUGAUUUCACCUGGGGUAUGAGUGCCAAAGACAAGAAGAAGGCGAAGAAAGCCGCCAAAGCUGCCGCCUUCGCAGAUCCCGAACCUGAACCUGUCGCUGUCGUCGAAGACUCACCGCCUGAGCCCGAAGCUCCUCCUGUUGAACCCGAACCGGCUCCAGUGGAAGAUUUCUCUUGGGGUAUGAGUGCAAAAGAUAAGAAGAAGGCAAAAAAGGCUGCUGCCAAGAAGGGUGGAAAUGCGUUUGAAUUCAUUGCUGAGCCAGAACCUGAACCUACUUCUGCUCCAGAGCCUGAACCCGAGCCACCAGCAGUCUUAGCAGUCGCUGAGGAACCUGCUCCGCCAGCUGCUGAGCCAGAACCCGCAGACGACUUUUCUUGGGGGAUGAGCGCAAAGGACAAGAAAAAAGCGAAGAAGGCAGCAGCUAAAAAGAGCGCUUUCGAUUGGUCGGAACCUGAUCCUCCUGCUGCACCAGACCCGCCUCCUGUCGAAGACACCCCUCCCACGCUCAACGAGUCCACUGCCCUUGCCAUUCCGGAGCCCCCACAAGACGACUGGUUUGGCUGGGGUACUGCGGGCAAGAAGAAGGGCAAGAAAGACACCGAGGAGGUUCCGCCAGAAGUACCUCCACCUCCGCCCGCUGCUUCCAAGGCCGUUGUCGAAGAGAACAGCAGUUCGUGGUCUUUUGGUUGGGGCUCAUCAACGAAGAAAGACAAGAAGAAGGCCAAGUCUCCUGAACCCGAACCCGAGCCUGUGCCGCAAGAAGACCCAGUCAUCAUGAUUCCUGAAUCCAUCGACGAGCCUAAGGUAGAGGAGGACGAUUGGGCAGGCUGGGCGACCGGUAAGAAGUCGAAGAAGAAGGGAAGCAAAGUCACGCCUAUCGAGAUCGUGGAGCCUGUAUACGAUGUUCCUGUCCAACAACCCGACCCCGUACCUGCUGAAGACGCUUGGGCCGGGUGGAGCGUGGGCAAGAAAGAGAAGAAGAAGGGUAAGAAAGGCGAUGAUGUUCCUCCGCCUCUUUUACCUGCUAUCGAGCCACCACCUGUGGAAGUUGUUGAGUCUAUCGAGAUCCCCCCUCCACCGCCAGAACUUGAACUCCCUGUUGAACAAGCACCCGCCGAUGAUCCUUGGGCCUCGAUCUCGACCAAGAAAAGCAAGAAGGAUAAGAAAAAGAAGAGCUCGGGCGUCGAGGAGGUAAAACCAAUCACUGAGGUACCGCCUCCGCCUCCAGAACCCGAGCAACUCGUUGACCCCCAAGAGGCCGAACCUGAGCCCGAGUCUGUUGUCGUGAUCGAGUCCCCACCUGCUGAAGAGCUUGUCAAAGAGGUCAAGAAGAAAGAAGUCAAGACUUCCUCUGGGUGGGGCAGCAGUCUAUGGGGUAGCUCAAGCAAGUCCAAGUCUUCGUCCAAAGACAAGGAGAAGGAGAGAGAAAAGAGAGAGAAGGAGGAAAAAGAACGAGAAGCAGAAGAGCAGCGCAAAGCGGACGAAGAAGCAGCAUUCGCAGCAGCUCUCGCCGACGAGCCUAUUGACUUACUCCUCGAUUCUCAACCCAUAGUCGAGGAACCGGUCAGCACAGGCUAUUGGGGUACGUUCUUGAAGCCAACCACCAUUAGCAAGACUGUGGAGGAGCCCAUUGCUCUCAAGGGCAAAGUCGAUACUGGAGCCAAGGAAUCUGUCAAGGACAGAAUCAAGCGAUUACAAGGCGAAGCUACCAAGGAUUCAGUGGUUGUUGUGCCACCACCGCCCCCUCCUGCACCUGAACCCGAGCCAGAGGUGAUUGUCGUGCCUGAACCGAUCAUGGUCGAGGAGGCGCCAGCCAAGAAGUCAUCGAAGGAUAAGAAAAAGAAGAAAGGCAAGGAGAAAGAAUCGUCGCCACCGCCGCCAGCUACUAUUGCAAUUCCUCCUCCAACUGUCGAAAUACCUCCCUCGCUGAGCCCUAUUCCAGGUGGCUUUCCUGAAGAUGACGUCGAACUUGAUGCGUUGGCAGAUGUACCUGCUGUACCACCAGUCAUCGUCGCUAAUACUUCGGCCGCUGUAUCUGUCGAACCACCAUCGAUUGAUAUGGUGUUACCACCCAUGGAAGUGCUGCCCAAGUCUUCUUCCGACAAGAAGCUCGUCAAAGACAAAAAGUCUUCUGUCAAGAAGGAGGUCAAGAAGCCCACGAAAUCUUCACGCCCAGCAAUAGUUGAUCUCUCCGUGCCAAGUACACCUGCUGCUGACAAGGCUGUGAAGAAGGAACGACCAAAGGUUGUUCGCGACCCAACGGGAAGCUCACACUGGGGUCUGUGGGGAGCAGCACCCAAGGCAGAGGAGAAGAAGGAACGCAGGCCCAGCAAAGACACGACAACUCCGACCGUCAAACGAUCUGCCGCCCUCGGCCUCACACGAUCAAAAUCAGCACGCAAGCCUAACGAACGCGACUUGAUGGAAAAAGCCGACAAGACUUCUAGCGACGACAAAAAGUCAAGAAGAGAAAGCAGAAACCCCUCCACUCCGGCCAAAGGCAUGGGUCUCAAUUUCUUCGGUCCUACGCCUACCAGGUCGCGGUCGAUGCGACAAUCAAGCUCUGCACAGCGUCCUGCUCAGGUUCGAGAAUCGCGUCGCUCCCUCGACGUCUCUUCGCCGCCUGGCGACAUCGCGAGCAAGGCAGCAAAGUUGAUGGGACUUGGACCACGACCAUCGCUCAGCCGCAGUCAAUCCACGCGAGAGAAGCGCAAGUCACGCACCGUGCCGGAUCCCUAUGCAAUUGAUCCCGACAACACACCCGACGAUGCCACUCAUUCCGCAUCUAUGGAUAGAUCUAGCAGCCAUCGCACGAAGAGAUCGAGCCGGAGCGAUCACAAGCACGACAAACGGGAUUCAGCCAUGAUGUCUGGCGGCUUAGGACCUGCUGAUGGUGACGGAGCAGCUCCAAUGACUGCACCUGAAGACACUCCUUUUGUGACACCCUCCCGGCCGAUGCUCAGGCGUUCAGCUACCACUAGCGCCAGAAAGCCAGCAGGCGGCCUCUUCAGUAACAUCAUUGAAUCAUUCAAACCAAAACCUGUGGAAGAAUUUGCGCACCGACAUCGUAGCAGUCGUGCUUAUGACAGUGAAGAUGGUUCGGCACGUCACCACAAACAUCGCACACCACACUCUUCGCAUCGCGACGGAGAUGAAGAGCCCAAACGCAAUCUCCGCCGCGAACAGAGACGCGUUCACCGGCCCGAAGACAUUCCAUCUACGCCGUUGGACGACAAUUUGCCAACACCAGCAGCGGACAACACGGAAUCUGAAGAGCGUGAACGCAGGCGUGCAGAGCGUCGGGCCAAACGUGCUGCAGUUGAAGCGGCAGAAGAAGACCUCCGUACACGAGAAAAGGCCACAAAACGCAGAGAACGAGAGGAGAGCGAGCGCGCCAGACAAGACGAGGAAGAACAGUUGGGACGUCAACAACGAGCAGAACGUCAUGCCUCACGCCGCUCUAGCGCUAUCGACACAGACAACAAGCCACGUCUCCAUCGUUCUUCUACGGCUCCUGCACAGUCCUACUUUGACGCACGGGCACUCCAUCGUGAUGCCAAUGGUCGAGACCCUCGCAGUCCACCUAAAGAUAAGACAUCCUCCUGGGUGAACAACGUGACAUCCUCGCCUCCAUCACCCCCACCUCUCCAACCUACCAUACUAGAUCUCCCUCCCACCGACCCAGCCGCCGAGAAUGACCAGAUACCCGAUGACGAAAGUACAGCUCGCGAACUUCGACGUCGUCAUCGUCGUGAACGCGAAUCUCGUGGUGUUGAAACAGAGGAAGACCGCAAGAGACGCAAGCGUAAGGAACUGCGUCGACGUGAGGAAGAACUUGCCUUCCGUGAUCGUGAGAACGGGAACAGAAAGGAUGGAGGAGGCAACAAAGCCUAUAACAGCCUUGGCUACGAAGGUUUUGAGCCGCAGAGAACAUGGGAUGGCAGGGUGGUUGGAGGCGAAGCAAGAGGUGGAGUCAAGGAACGUACUCAGGGGUGGUUUAAGAAAGUUGCUGGAUUGUGA